UGUUGCUCAAGGAUAUAUAAGAGCGAGGGAAAGAGGCUUGGAGCAUUCACCCGAGUCCGCCUUGGUUUUCACUCCCUCAACGCAGCGCAAAGAAUAAAAAAUGGCCUUCGCUGGUGUACUUGUCGAUGCUGAAGUAAAAGCAGCUCUUGAUGGCUGCGCAGCUGCUGACUCCUUCAACUACAAGACCUUCUUCAAGGCAUGCGGCUUGUCCGGCAAGUCCGCCGAAGAAGUCAAGAAGGCCUUCUUCAUCAUUGACCAGGACAACAGUGGCUUCAUUGAGGAGGAUGAGCUUAAGCUGUUCCUGCAGAACUUCUCCGCCAGCGCCAGAGCACUCACCGACAAGGAGACCAAGGCUUUCCUCUCCGCUGGUGACAGUGAUGGUGAUGGCAAGAUCGGAGUCGAUGAGUUUGCUGCCCUUGUAAAGGCAUAAUUUUCCAUUGACCAAGAUCCCCUUCUUUUCAUGGAACUGCGAACUGCAAGAUUCAGUAAUCAUCAGCUGAAAGAAUAUUUUUUUAUACCUUAUUUAUGAGUUGCCUGCAGAUUAUUUUCUAAACAUGGAACACAUACUUUACUGUGAAUGUUACUCAGAUGUGUUAAAUGUUCUGAAAUGUCUUGUGCAAACUGUAAAACACCAUCUGCACUUUUGAGGAAGAGUGAAAAACCAGGAAUAAAUACUCUUUUGGUGUAAAUCAU